CUGGAAUUUAAAUAGCCACUCAAACACCAAUCUGUCACCGGGCUAAGGAGAUAAGGACAAGUACCACUGGCUGACCUGAGCCCACGUGACAGCUCAUUGAUAUCGGCCUGUGCGCACAUCCCCUCCCUCCUAUGAUAAGGACAGAGUAUAGGUAAAGGUUGGCACGGUCACUCAGGGUAAGAGUGAGGAAUAGAUAUCAGAGGAAUAGAUAUCAGAGGGUGUCUGUCCCUCGGUUCCCUGGCAGAACAAUGCCACAAUGAGCAGCUUCUUAGACUACCCGGUGAUGAGCGGUGAAGGGGGCUCAUGCUCUGUCAGGGCUUUCCACUCGGACCACGGGAUUACAACUUUCCAGUCGUGCGCGGUGACUGUCAACAACUGCGGGACGCUUGAUGAGCGCUUCAUGGGGAGCAGCAGGGCUUCCCCUGAAGGCAUCCCUCAUCAGCCGGGGUCAUACCAGUCUACUGCAGGCUCUCUAGGUCUCUCCUAUCCGGCCUGCAGCUCCAGCUAUGCACCCCAAAGUUUCUGUGCCACGUACAACCAUUACGCGCUCAACCAGGAGGUAGACUCCACAGCUGGAUUCCCCCAGCAGUGCGGCCCACUGAUGUACUCGGGUAACAUUUCCUCCUCGAUGGUGUCUCAGCAUCAUCGCCAAGGUUACAGUGCCAACCCACUGGGUCAACUGCAGUAUGCCCACGCGGCCUAUGGCGGCGUGCACGAGCAGCAAGCAGCCCCUUUUCCUGGGUGCUCGAACCCGCUGUCACCUCUGCACGCUGCUCACCUGGAGGCUUGCUGUUCACCUCUGUCUGAGGGCGCAUCUUCUGCACAGACCUUCGACUGGAUGAAAGUCAAGAGGAACCCACCAAAAACAGGCAGGUCUGGGGAGUACGGUUAUGGGGGUCAGCCCAACACGGUCCGAACCAACUUCACCACCAAGCAGCUGACGGAGCUGGAGAAGGAGUUCCACUUCAACAAGUACCUGACGCGUGCGCGGCGCGUGGAGAUCGCGGCCGCGCUGCAGCUGAAUGAGACUCAGGUGAAAAUCUGGUUUCAGAACCGGAGGAUGAAGCAGAAGAAGAGGGAGAAAGAAGGGCUGCUGCCGGCCAAAACUCCAUCCUCAGACCCGGGAGAGAGCAAUCAAGAGAAAAUGGACGAUGCAGCAUCAGAGAAGUCUAUCUCAGCCCCAUCUACUCCAUCACCCACAUCUUCCACUGUGUCUGAUCCUUACUCCUCCAACUAAGAACCAAAACUGCCUCCUUACCUCUUUGGGCCACAGGCGGCCUAUAUAUACCAAAAAGCUCAUACCCAGUGUACCAAAGUUGAUGGAUGACAUGUGGACAUUUAGGAUGAAUUAAUGCACUAUGUGGAGCAUUAAUAUGGACUGUUUCUGCGUUAUGGAUUUGUUUUUUAUUGUGUAUUGUGUUCGGGAAGAGCAUUACUGUCCAAACAACUGUAGGCCGAUGGUUUAAAACGUGUCAAUUUUCUUUUAAUUUAAGGUUAAAUACGCGCGUUGCACCACGACUAUGUUGGUGCAAAAAGAUAUCCAGUAUCUUCCUUACACCUGCUCCUGAUCAGUGCUGCUGAGAGAGUGUCAAUGUAAAAGUCACAAAGCUGCACACACAAACAAAUACCUCAAAUGUGCCAAAGUUGUGCGUAAUGGCCACGCGGCCAUGGGUGAUUGCACUGGAUGUCGUCAAUUAGGCAUCAUACAAUCAACGAGAUGACCUCGUUUAUUAAUCUGUUAGCCUAUAGAGUGUAUUGUUAUAGUACCUCCUUAAUCACUGUCACCUCUGUGUUUAAGGCCUCUGUGUGUUUGUCUGUCGCGACUGUCUGAAUGUCUAUUGUGUGAGAUUCGCAUGAUGCGUAAUGCUUUCAUGUAUUAUUAGAGAGGGCACUGAGUUUUAUCAGUUGGAGGAACCGGUCAUGUAAGGCCAUGUAUGUUCAUCUGUUAUAUAUUUAAUCCAGUGGAGCAAAUACAAAAUGGUUUGUCCAGAGAGACGUUUACGGGUCAAUCAUGUGUAUUAAAGUGCGUUUACCUCUAAAAAAAACUAUUCAUCUGUGUCAUUGCUGAGGGGGGAGACAGAAUUAGAAAGGAUUUUUUGAGGAUUAAAAAGCAAAUCUUCCAUCUAAAUCCGCCUAUCAGACCUUUAUUCUAAGCUCUGUCCAUGUUCCCAUCGUUUGAGAAGCUGCACGUGUCUCUUUCAAGCGCAGCAGAGUCCCUCAAUGUAUGCGUCCGUGCGCGCUCCAGUCCCUGGGGUAAAAGAGUUAUUGGCAUAAUAAAGGCAUGUUUAUCCACGAGAGGAGAUGAGAGCGCGGACGUCAGCGUCAUUUUGUGAUGACAACCUUAUCGAGCUCUCGGCUUAUUGAGGGGACAAAAAAAGAAACUC